AUGCACGCUCACGCGGUCAACGCUCUCGCGCUGAGCUCCUCGCGCGCGGCGCUCGACGGCGCCGCGCGACCGCGCGGUCGCGCGGUCGCGCCGUCGACGCGCGCGCGCGGUCGCGCCGCGCGCUGCCCGACGAUCGCAUCGGCGUCGGCGUCGUCGGCUCAUCGCGAUGCCGCGACGUCCGAUCGGAGCGCGACGACGACGCUGUCCGUCGCCGACCUCGCGCGUCCGGCGCUGCCGUCGCACGGCGCGAACGAGAUCGCGACCGUCGCCGGGCGCGCGGCGGCCGCGCCGCCGCCGCCGCCCGCGCCGGCGUUCCCGCACAACGUCCCGACGCCCGCGCUCGUCGCCGCCGGCGCGCUCGCGCUCGCGCUCGGCGCGAAGGCGAUCCUCGACAAACCGUCGCGCGCGUACGUGCAGGGCCCGGGCGGCGACUCCAUCGGCACCGUCGGCGAGGAGUACGACGCGUGGACGGAGGAGGGCAUCCUGGAGCACUACUGGGGCGAGCACAUCCACCUGGGGUACUACACGGACGAGGACAUGGCGAAGGGCGCGGGGACGCUGCUCGGAUGCCGCGUGAAGGAUUUCGUCGAGGCCAAGUUCGACUUCGUCGAUAAGAUGCUGGAGUGGAGCGGAUGCCCUCCGAACCCGGCGAUGGUCCUGGACGUCGGCUGCGGCAUCGGCGGCACGUCGCGGCACCUCGCGAAAGCUCUCGGGCCUAAGAGUAAGGUCCAGGGGAUCACGCUGUCGCCGAACCAGGUGCAACGCGCGACGGAGUUGGCGGCGACGCAGGGCGUGGACAACGCGUCGUUUCGCGUCAUGAACGCGCUCGAGAUGGAGUUCCCGGAUGACACCUUCGACCUCGUGUGGGCGUGCGAGAGCGGCGAGCACAUGCCGGACAAGAAGAAGUACGUCGAGGAGAUGAUCCGCGUGUUGAAGCCCGGGGGAACGAUCGUGAUCGCGACGUGGUGUCAGCGCGAGACGCCGCCGGCGUUCACCGACGAGGAGAAGGCGAACCUCAAGUUUUUGUACGAGGAGUGGGCGCACCCGUACUUCGUGUCGAUCGAGGAGUACGUCCGGCUGAUGGAGGGCACCGGCGCGAUGGCCACGGUCGGGAGCGCGAACUGGGUGAAGGAGACGAUACGGAGUUGGCGGCACAGCAUCUGGGUCGGCGUUUGGGACCCGUGGCCGGUGGUGUUCGCGGGGCCGCGGAUCUGGUACAAGACGAUCCGCGAGAUCGUGACGUUGGAGCGCAUGCACCGCGCGUUCGAUUGCGAUUUGAUGACGUACGGGAUGAUGAAGGGGACGAAGGCGGCGGCGGCGGCGGCGGCGGCGGCGGCCGCGAAGGAGUGA